AAAGAAAACGCUUAACUUAUUUUUAAAUCCUUCAUAAAACUACGAAAACAAAACAAAAAAUUUAAACGAAAAUUCAUUAUCAUCGCAAACAACAACAAAAAUGGCAAAUACAGCACAAUUAUUAAGACGACAAAGCUCCAGGGAUAUUAUAUUAAAAACACAAAAGAGUAUUGAUCAACAUGAAUUAAGAGAGUUACGUGGCCGUCUAGUAACACAACAUAGUACAACAAGUAUAGGCAGUGGUCCUCGUAGUCAUCAUCAUGGUUCACAUCAUCAUCAUACACCCAUGUAUGGGGCAACAAAUCAAGCAUUUAUGUCAGACGCCUUCGAUGAGUCCUCAGAAUUGGAGGAAACCGAAGGACAAAGUAGCAGUAAAGCAGUGGCUGAACUGGUGGCAGCUAUUGAGAGUGCACCCGUUGAUAUAGUGGAGGGUGAAAAGGAGGGAGAAGAACGUGAAAGUUGGGAUAGUAAAAUAAUGUUUUUACUAGCGACAAUAGGAUAUGCCGUUGGCCUUGGCAACGUUUGGCGUUUUCCAUAUUUAGCACAGAAGAACGGUGGUGGAGCAUUCUUGGUGCCCUACUUUAUAAUGUUGUGUAUACAGGGUAUACCGAUAUUUUAUCUAGAGUUGGCAAUUGGCCAACGUUUACGUAAGGGAGCGAUUGGUGUAUGGAGUCAAGUAUCACCGUAUUUGGGUGGCAUUGGUUUGUCGUCGGCCGUGGUCAGUUAUAUUGUUGCAUUGUAUUAUAAUACAAUAAUUGCUUGGUGCCUCAUUUACUUGUUGCAUAGUUUUGAAUCCCCACUGCCUUGGGCAGAUUGUCCAACACGUCUAUAUGCCAAUUAUACGUAUGAUCAUGAACCCGAAUGUGUGGUAUCAUCACCUACACAGUAUUAUUGGUAUCGCACCACAUUACAGUGUUCGGAAAGUGUCAAUGAACCGGAAAAUUUCAAUUAUCAUAUGGCAAUAGCAUUGAUGGUAUCAUGGUUUCUUGUGUAUAUCUGUAUGGUGCAGGGUAUAACAUCAUCGGGUAAAAUUGUCUAUAUGACAGCAAUAUUUCCAUAUGUUGUAUUGAUUAUAUUCUUCUUUCGUGGCAUCACAUUGAAGGGCGCUUCUGAUGGUGUGGCUCAUCUAUUCACCCCUAGAUGGGAGACUUUAUUGGAUCCGGUUGUUUGGCUGGAAGCUGGCACGCAAAUCUUCUUUUCUUUGGGUUUAGCAUUUGGUGGCCUAAUAGCCUUUAGCUCUUACAAUCCGGCGAAUAACAAUUGCUAUCGUGAUGCCAUAUUGGUGUCUUUAACCAAUUGUGGCACUUCUAUGUUUGCUGGUGUUGUGGUUUUCUCCGUUAUUGGUUUUAAAGCCACGGCUACAUUUGAUCGCUGCACUGAGGAGAGAAAUCAGUUGAUAUAUAUGAAUAAAACUACAAAUUUACCGGUGUGCGAUUUAGAAAAGGAAUUGGCAAAUAGCGCCUCUGGCACCGGUUUGGCAUUUAUUAUAUUCACAGAGGCCAUUAAUCAAUUUCCCGGUGCACAAUUAUGGGCCGUAUUGUUCUUUUUGAUGCUGUUCACUCUGGGCAUUGAUUCACAAUUUGGUACAUUAGAAGGUGUGGUAACAUCUUUAGUUGAUAUGAAACUGUUUCCAAAUCUACCCAAGGAAUGGAUAGUUGGGGCUUUAUGUUUCUCCUGUUGCUUAAUAUCCAUGUCAUUUGCAAAUGGUGCUGGUAGCUACAUAUUUCAAUUGAUGGACAGUUUUGCUGGAAAUUUUCCUUUAUUGAUAAUUGCAUUGUUUGAAUGUAUAUCGAUUAGUUAUAUUUACGGUAUAAGAAGAUUUGCAGAUGAUAUAGAAAUGAUGACUGGUUCAAGGCCUGGUCUAUACUGGAUGUUUUGUUGGAAAUAUUUAUCACCCUGUGCCAUGAUUACCAUACUAACAGCUUCAUUUUAUCAAUUGCUCACAGAAGGCAGCAGUUAUCCCGCUUGGAUAGCAGCCAAAGGCCUGACCGAAAAUAUGGAAUGGCCUCAUUGGUGCAUAGUUAUAGCCUUUAUAUUGAUAUUAUCCUCCAUAUUAUGGAUACCCAUUGUGGCUAUAUUAAGAUUGUUUGGCAUUAAGGUGGUGGAAGACUCUGAUCCCGCUUGGUUCCCCGAGGCAGAACUCAAAGAAGUCCAUGGCAUUGUACCACAUGAACCCACUGAUAUUGAACGUACAAUAUUUUGCUUCAACAUGGACGGCACCGAGGGCAUGUGCUGUCCGAAAUAUGGUCUACCCGAAAAAUCCCUAGAAGAGGAGGAUGAAGAGUAAAAUGUAAUGUAAGUGUGUUCGAUUUUAAUGAAAUGACAACAACAA